AUGGCCUCUAAUGCAGCCACCGAGGCACCCCAGGGGAGCAAGCGCUCCUCUUUGAGUCCGGAGAGGGGCCCCCGCGCAACCCGUCGCAGUAUCCGUUUCAGUGAUGAGGUUGAAGCUGAAGGAGGGGGAUCCUCAGGGGCUGCUGGGGCCCCAGAGUCCUCAGGGGCCGAGACCCCAAGUCACCGUGCAGCGCCAAAAUCAGGGCCACUCCAUCGCCGGGGUCGCUCCGGAAUAAUGAGUUGGCUUUUUGGCGCUUUCUCCACCAACACACGUGGACAAAUGCCCGUCCAGGAUGAUGGGGGAGGCCCUGGGGGACCCAGCUCCUCUCUGCGGGGUGCCGCAUCGCUAUUUUCUAUUAAGCGUAUUAGUGGGAUGCACCGAGGAGGGCCCCCAGUGUUUGAGAGAAAAAGGAGAAGGCACAAAACGGUGCUGUGGAAGUACAAGAAGACUAUUGGAGUCUUCGCCUCUUUUGUUUUCAUUUGCAAUCACAUCAUUGCCUCGGGUCUGAUGUCGAUGCCUUCCUUGGUGCGCACGGCUGGCCCUGCGGCGGCAUCUUUGUCUAUAUAUUUAUUUUGUUUUCUUUCAUCUGCCUGCGCUUUGUUGCUACUGAAGAGCAUGACUUUGAUAGAGGGAAACUCAGGAUUUAAUGAGCGCUACGAGUACUCCGCCAUCUUGCGUUACUUCUUAACGCUGCAGCCCCCCCUUUCAGUCUCCGCAUCUACUGCAGCGCUGCAGCAGUCAGAUUCACGGGCCUCAGACGACAAGGAUCAGCAGCAGUUACCACAGAAUGCCCAUCAUAUGGGGCCUCUUGAGCGCUUAGACGGUGCGCUGUGUAAAGCCAUGGGCCUUGCCCCAACGGAGUCACCCCCUGGUGAACUUGACGAUCCAGCUGAAAUCAAGGAGCGUCAGGGGAGCACCACAGCGCCUCCGUUCUUGCGAGGUUUGGGGGAACUGCUUGGCGACUUACGUCUGAUUCCUUAUCGUCUUAGCUCGCUUGUGAGGGGCUUGAACCGUUCGUCCCUGUCUCAGGCUAUUGCCUUUCUCCUAUAUGUAAAUUCCUUUUUGGGAGCAUCCUCUGCGGCGCUACUAGUGGCUUACUGCGUCGAUGCACUGCUUCUCAGAGUGCUCGGCUGGACUGUGUUCGUGCCUGUUGUCCCAUACGGCGGGGAUUCCCUGCUGGCGAACCUCCAGCAGCUGAGCAGCAACUUUGGCGACCUGUUUUCCUUGUCCAUGUGGCCUCUUAGGGAAUUCGUGGUGUUGCUGUGGAGGUUCAAGCAUUUCCUAUUUGACUCAGCGGCAGACGCUGCAGUGUACACAGCAGACUCGCUCAAUGAGUGGGACAUCCUACCCAACUACAGUCCGUUUGUCUUUGUCACUUCUCGCGAGCAGCUCGAGGAAAUCUUCUCAGGUACAUGUACAUCAACGUGCGCAGAGAUCGGUAGUGUAGCAGCAGCAGGAGCAAGCUGCGUUCCCUGCCUGAACUACGUUGGUGUCUCACUGGGCUAUCUUCUCACAGCAGUAGCUGGUCUCCGCCUGGCCGCUUCAGAUCUUGAGGACACAAUGAACCUGCAGUUUAUUUCGUUUUUCGCGGUCGUUGCUGCUUCCUUCAACGUGUGCCUAGCGGCUCUUUUCCGCAUCACCGGCUCGGGCUGGGAUUGGGCAUCUCAGACAAGUGCGACAGGCACACCGGCACCAGCAGCAGCAGCAGCGUUAACAACAGCAGUAGCAAGCGCAAAUGCAGCUCUUGACAGUAAUGCACCGAUGAUAUAUGGAAGUCCUCCAGGAGCGGCAGCAGCAGCCACAGCAGCCCCUGCUGCGCUUGCAGCACCAACACCGAGCGCAUCAGCAGCAGCAGCUGGAGCUGGUGGAGGCAAAGGUACACUUUUACCAUUUCUGCAUUCGAUUUUCGGCGGCUUUGCUGCUCGCACGGCGAUCCCUUGUAUGGUGGACGCUUUCGGGUUUUCCUCUUCACUCCCAUCUUGGGCAAAUGAAGUCAGGGACGAAGUUCCAAUAUCAGGCACUGUUUGGCUGAGUAGUCUGUUUUCUGCCUCUUUUUUCUUCAUAUUUGGCUCUCUUUGCGCGAGCGCGUUUGUUGGCGCCGCGGAAUCCUCCAACGCGUUGGCCUCGUUGAUGCUGGGAACCUCAGGAGGCCAUCUCCCGUUGUUUGCUGCUACUUUUGUUUGUCUCUUCCAUGUUGCGGCUUUGCUGCCCAACAUUGUGCUGUCCCAGAUCGGCUCCAGGUACGACUUGCUGAAUAUGGCGAUCUGUUUGGACAAGAAAUCAGCGUUCACCACCGCUUCCACGGUCCCUUGGAUGCUGUAUUGGUUGCUGGCGUAUCAGCCCCUGUUUGCACACCCCGCUUCCGUGCUUGGGUUGACCACUGGUUUGUUUUUGAAUUUCUUUAUUCCUACGCUUACCUUUAUCUACGCUUCUUUUUCAUGGGAGCUGUUCAACAAAGCGCACCAAGCCGAUGCAGCGGCAGCUACUGGCGCAUCCGAGAACAGGGAAGAUGCAGCCGAUGGAAGCUCUGCAGCAGCUGGAGAUUGGGCGGGUGGCCUUGUAUCCCAAGGGUCGAUGCACCUCCGGGAGGGGCAUUCAAAGCCGGCAGGAGCGCAGCAUCACAGGGGAGCAGGACUGGCGGCUGUCUCUGGUGCUGUUGCUGGAGCUGGCGGCGCCCGAACGCGUGAGAUGCAGCGGCAGCUCCACCAGUGGCUCGAGGAGUUCGCGCGAAGGGCCCCAGAUAGCGACGUGGCGCAGCUGCUGCAGCGGCAGACCGACUCAGACGAGUCCAUUCUAGACAGAGACGGAGGACGUAAAUCUGAAGCUGCAGCAGCGCCAGUAGCAACAGGAGCACUGUUGCGGAAGGGCAGUCUAGCCUGCAGGCCGAGGCAGUCAAGGACGUCUCUUGUGCAAUCUAGCGACGGCAGCCCCAGUCAAGACGAUAGGGACGCCUUUGGAAGUCCCAGGGGUAGCAUGCCGCUUAUGCGGGGGGCAUCGUCCCCCUCCCUUAGCGCUUACUCUUCGUCCCCGCCUGAAACAGGACUGGCAUCUCCUAUUGCACUAGACAGUGCAGCUGCACCAGACGCAGAACCAGUCACGCCCGAAGCCAUCGCUUCUCUGUGGUCCCGCAGCGCUUGGUGUAGUUCAGGUGAAUCUUCUGAAGCAUCUGCGGCCGCCGAAGCAGCACGCACAACAGCAGCAUGCACAACAUCAGACAGGGCAGAUGACACUAGAGCUGCAGCAAGCAAGCUUACUUUGGCACCACCACCAGCAGCAGUUGUCACAAAGAAGGCAUCAGCAGCAGUAGUAGGAGAGUUGGCAUACGACUCAACAGCGGCUAGUGCCACGAGCCUUGGGCUUGUAGACCCCCCUGAUUCUUCUGAGCGUGCGCCAUCCCCCGUCGUUUCUGGUGGGCGUCUAGACAGACGCAAACAAGAACUACAGGGAAGACAGCAGCAGUCGCACAUUGAAGGCCCAGUUGCAGAAGCUGCUGUCUUUCAACGCAGCCGCAAAAGAGCUCCCGCGGUGGGGAGACCCCAAAGGGGUCCCGGUGGCAACUGGCAGCGACCAGAGUCAGCCGCUGCUGCCACUGUGUCGUCACCGAAGCAGCUCGAUCAUGCAGCGGCGGAGGUGUUGGCGGAUCAUAGCGAAGCUGACGCUCCUCUUCCCCCAAACACACAAGCAGGUCUAGCAGCACCAGCUGCUUCGGUUGUUGCAAGACAUGCUGGGGAAGGGUCUGGUGAAGAGAAUGAGCCACAAAUACAGCAGCUGGAACGCCCUGCCCGCCCUGCUAGUGAGCCUUCGGAAGCAACAACGUCAGAAGCAGCAACGUCAGAAGCAACGGCAUCUAGGGGAAAUUGCGAGGCUGUGGAAAGCCGACUAACUUGCGAAUCAGUGUCUGGGAUAAAACCAAAAAUGCGCGAUAGCAGCGCAGGCAGCGAGAGCAUCUGCAAACAGGUUGAACCAGUGGAGGAGUCUAGCAGUAUGAGCGUCAGAGGCAGUAGCAGCAGCAGCCGGGGCGACAGACACAGCCCUGAGGCUGAGUCCUCCGACUUGCCCCCAGAAGAAAGAGACACGAACGGCACCGCACCAUCCGCAUGCAUUCCUAGUGACAAAGAAUGUCCAACACUUACGGGCAGUGCCAACGUCAGGACACCUCGAGCUAUAAGGGGCUCGCUGCAGGAGGACAGAGGCCUCGCUUCGACGGCCCCUUCUUCUGCUUCCGAUGGAGUACCAGCUGCUGCUACUGUGGUUGUAGCCGCUGCAGUAGACGAGACGCCUGCAACUGCCUCUGCAUCUGCAGUGGCUGAGACGGCUGCAGCUGCCGCUGCUGACGGAACUUGUUCAGUUGCUGCACCUGCCUCACCGGGUGGUGCAGGAGGCCUUAGGAGGCGGUCACGACCAAAAGCCAUCAAGCCCGCUGGGAUCCGCGGUCCCAUUUGUUCUACCCUGGAGGAAAUGCAGUCAAAAGGGGCCCAGCCAGCCGACUGCGUACAGAUACGUGAUGCUGUCAGGGAGACAGCAGCAGCGGCAGAGGCGUCAGCGAAUCUAACGCAGGCUGCAGGAGAAGUACAAGCAACAGGAUCACCAAAGGCGGAAGAUGCCUCAACAUCCACACCAGCGGAAACAACAGAAGCAACGGCGAAAACAGCGGAAGGAACAUCGGCGGAAGGCGAAUCCUCAGCUGAAGCAGCAGCAGCAGCACAAGCUGCCGCUGACACUGCUUCUACGUCUUUUUCUAGGACGAGGAAGAGGGUGCUUACGGCGCGACGCAGGGCUUCAGCUCCCCAGUGUCCACCCACAGCAGUAGCUUCAACUCCCGGCGCUCCGAAAAGCCCCUCAGAAGAUUCGAAGCAAACGGCAAGACCUGAUGAGCAAGGUGCUCUAUUAGAUGGCCGCACGGAUGCCACUGGUGAUACAGAACCAGAAGCAGCAGCAGGUAAGACCGCAGCAGCAACAGCACCCGAGACAGCAAGUGGGCGUGCUUCUCCAAAGGGUUCGUGGUCUGCCUGGACGACAUCUGGAAUGCGACUCGUAGCUCUGAGCCCCACAAAACUGCGAGGGGUCGCCAUGAGGUCGCGUAGAAGAGAUUCAGGUGUUCCAGCUGAGCCCCGUGUGGCGCUCUUCCCGAUACUCACGUCCCCUCGAGCCGAGCGUUUCGCGGCCUUUUUGUUGUUGUUGUUCAUCAUUCUCUGCGCAUUCGUUGCUGUUGCAGAAGACCUUGCUGAUGCCAUACUUCUUGCUGUCUCAGUGCUCUUACACACAUGGAGCCUCUGGUGUGCCUCUACCAUCCAUCUCUAUGAAUGGCUAACUGGGUUAUUCAGCAGUAUUGCCAGCUAG